AUGGCGUCGCCCGCAGCCAAGAUGCGGGCGCACCGCGUGCCAGCGCCCCCCAGGCGGCCGGCCUCCGCGCCGAGCUGCAGCGGCCGGCCAUCCCGCCAGCCGUGCGUCCAGGCCAGGGCGGCGGCCGUGAACGGGGCUGGAGAUCCGAAGAAGAGGGUCGUUGUGACGGGCAUGGGGGUCGUGUCCUGCCACGGCAACGACGUGGACAAGUACUACGAUGCGCUCCUGGAGGGCCGCAGCGGCAUCGCGGAGAUCACACGGUUUGACGCGAGCGAGUUUCCUGUGAGGUUUGCGGGGCAGAUCAAGGACUUCGACGCGGAGGAGCUCAUCAGCAAGAAGGAUCUGCGGAGGUACGACGACUGCUGGAAGUACUCGACGGUGGCGGGCAAGAAGGCGCUGCGGGACGCGGGGCUGGAUUCCGGUGACGAGGAUGGGGACUUCCACAGGCUGGACAAGGGGAAAGUCGGGGUGCUGAUAGGCUCCGGCAUGGGCGGCCUGUCGGUGUUCGAGAGCGCCGUGACGACGCUCAACACGCGCGGCCUCCGCCGCAUGUCGCCCUUCUUCAUCCCCUUCGCGAUCACCAACAUGGGCGGCGCGCUGCUGGCGAUCGACCAGGGCUUCAUGGGGCCCAACUACUCGAUCUCCACCGCAUGCGCGACGGCCAACUAUGCCUUUGUGGCAGCGGCGAACCACAUCAGGCGCGGCGACGCGGACGUGAUGGUGUGCGGCGGCACGGAGGCGCCGGUGACCCAGGUCAGCCUGGGGGGGUUCAUCGCAUGCCGGGCGCUGUCCUCGCGGAACGAAGAGCCGGAAAAGGCAUCCAGGCCGUGGGACGCGGGCAGGGAUGGAUUCGUGAUGGGCGAGGGCGCAGGCGUGCUCGUGCUGGAGAGCCUGGAGCACGCGCAGGCGCGGGGGGCGAAGAUCAUCUGCGAGUACCUGGGCGGGGCCACCAACUGCGAUGCGCACCACAUGACGGACCCCCGGCCGGACGGGUCCGGCGUGUCCACCUGCGUCCAGGCGGCGAUCGACGAUGGGGGCGUGGACCUGGAGAGGGUGAAUUACAUCAACGCGCAUGCCACCAGCACGGUGGUGGGUGACGUGGCGGAGGUGGCGGCCCUGAAGAAGGUGUUCCCCCACUACGACUCGAUGAGCAUGAACGCCACCAAGUCGAUGAUCGGGCACUGCCUGGGCGCGGCGGCGGGCGUGGAGGCGGUAGCCACGAUCAAGGCGAUCACCACGGGCUGGCUGCACCCCACGCUGAACCAGGACGAGCUGGUGGACGAGGUGGGGGCGAUCGACACGGUGCCGGGGCAGAAGAAGCAGUUGGAGGUCACGGCGGCCAUUUCGAACUCCUUUGGCUUCGGAGGGCACAACUCAGCCGUGAUCUUCGCGCCGUUCAGGGAGUGA